CCCCGCUCGGCGCUCCGCGGACCCCUGCGGCCCGCCCGCGGGGCUCCUUCCCCGGCUGGCCCGUUCGUGGCAUCCUCUGCCCGCUCUUGCUCGACCAUGGCCAGCGAGAGCUCGCCUCUGCUGGCCUACCGGCUCCUAGGGGAGGAGGCGGCCGCCUUCCCCGCCGGUGCUGCUGGGGGUCCCGGAGGGGCACCUGCACGGAAGCUGUCCACUUUCCUCGGCGUGGUGGUGCCCACGGUGCUGUCCAUGUUCAGCAUAGUAGUCUUUCUGAGAAUUGGGUUCGUGGUGGGUCACGCUGGGCUGCUGCAAUCCCUGGCCAUGCUGUUGGUUGCCUAUUUCAUCUUGGCGCUCACCGUCCUGUCUGUCUGUGCCAUUGCCACUAACGGCGCCGUGCGUGGAGGCGGGGCCUAUUUCAUGAUCAGCCGGACCCUGGGGCCCGAGGUUGGCGGUAGCAUCGGCCUCAUGUUCUACCUGGCCAACGUGUGCAGCUGUGCCGUGUCCCUGCUGGGGCUGGUGGAGUCUGUGCUGGACAUCUUCGGAGCUGAUGCCACAGGAUCCAGCGGGAUCCGGGUGCUGCCCCAAGGCUAUGGCUGGAACCUCCUCUACGGCUCCCUGCUGCUGGGCCUCGUGGGUGGGGUCUGCACGCUGGGCGCUGGGCUCUAUGCCCGGGCCUCCUUCCUCACCUUCCUGCUGGUCUCUGGCUCCCUGGGUUCAGUGCUGGUCAGCUUUGUGGCUGUGGGGCCCAGGGACAUACCCCUGACCCCUCGGCCCGGCACCAACGGCUCCUCCUUGCCGACCAAGGUGGGCCAUUUCACCGGCUUCAACACCAGCACCCUGAGAGACAACUUGGGUGCUGGCUACGCUGAGGACUACACCACCGGAGCCGUGAUGACCUUCGCCAGCGUCUUUGCUGUCCUUUUCAACGGCUGCACUGGCAUUAUGGCGGGGGCCAACAUGUCAGGUGAACUGAAGGACCCCAGCCGGGCCAUCCCUCUGGGCACGAUCGUGGCCGUGGCCUACACCUUCUUCAUCUAUGUCCUGCUGUUCUUCCUCUCCAGUUUCACUUGUGACAGGGUCCUGCUGCAGGAGGACUACGGCUUCUUCCGCGCCAUUAGCUUGUGGCCCCCGUUGGUGCUCAUCGGCAUCUAUGCCACCUCGCUGUCGGCCUCCAUGAGUUCUCUCAUUGGCGCCUCCCGCAUCCUGCAUGCCCUGGCCCAGGAUGACUUAUUUGGUGUGAUCUUGGCCCCAGCUAAGGUGGUCACCCAUGGGGGGAACCCCUGGGGAGCAGUCCUGUACUCCUGGGGCCUGGUACAGCUGGUGCUCCUAGCCGGAAAGCUGAACACGCUGGCCGCUGUGGUCACUGUCUUCUACCUGGUGGCCUAUGCCGCCGUGGACCUGUCCUGUCUGAGCUUAGAGUGGGCCUCAGCGCCCAACUUCCGCCCCACCUUCAGCCUGUUCUCCUGGCACACUUGCCUGCUGGGCGUGGCCUCCUGCCUGCUCAUGAUGUUUCUGAUCAGCCCGGGAGCGGCUGGCGGCUCCUUGCUGCUCAUGGGCCUGCUGUCAGCCCUGCUCACAGCCCGAGGGGGCCCCAGCAGCUGGGGCUAUGUCAGCCAGGCCCUGCUCUUCCACCAGGUGCGAAAGUACCUGCUCAGACUUGACGUCCGCAAAGACCACGUGAAAUUCUGGCGGCCCCAGCUGCUGCUGCUGGUGGGAAACCCCCGGGGUGCCCUGCCUUUGCUGCGCUUAGCCAACCAGCUCAAGAAAGGGGGACUCUACGUGCUGGGCCAUGUGACCUUGGGGGAUCUGGACUCACUGCCCUCGGACCCUGUGCAGCCGCAGUAUGGGGCAUGGCUGAGCCUGGUGGACCGUGCCCAGGUGAAGGCUUUUGUGGACCUCACCCUGUCACCUUCCGUACGGCAGGGGGCUCAGCACCUGCUGCGGAUCUCGGGCCUCGGUGGCAUGAAGCCCAACACGCUGGUCCUGGGUUUCUACGAUGAUGCCCCGCCACAGGACCACUUCCUGAGAGAUCCUGCCUUCUCCGAGCCCCUAGACGGUCCCCAGGAGGGUGGCGCCCCAGCUCUGAGUACCCUCUUCCCGCCACCCCGGGCUCCUGGGAGCCCCCGCGCGCUCAGCCCCCAGGACUACGUGGCCACCGUAGCGGACGCCCUCAAGAUGAACAAGAACGUGGUGCUGGCCCGGGCCUGCGGGGCCCUGCCCCCUGAACGGCUGAGCCGGGGUUCCGGGGGUCCCGUGCCACCGCACCAUGUAGACGUGUGGCCCCUCAAUCUGCUGCGACCCCGGGGCGGGCCCGGCUACGUGGACGUGUGCGGCCUCUUUGUACUGCAGAUGGCCACCAUCUUGGGCAUGGUGCCCGCCUGGCACAGCGCACGACUCCGCAUCUUCCUGUGUUUGGGCCCGCGCGAGGCCCCCGGAGCGGCCGAAGGGAGGCUGCGGGCGCUACUGAGCCAACUGCGGAUCCGGGCCGAGGUGCACGAGGUGGUGUGGGGCGAGGGAGCCGGGGCCGACCGGCAGGAGGAAGAGGAUGAAGGGGACUUUGUAAACAGCGGGCACGGGGACGCCGAGGCCGAGGCCCUGGCCCGCAGCGCCAACGCCCUGGUGCGCGCUCAGCAGGGACGCGGCACGGGUGGAGGGCCUGGUGGCCCGGAGGCAACAGCAGAUGGCCAGGAGGGGCCUGCCACGGCACUCACCUUCCUGUACCUGCCUCGGCCGCCCGCCGACCCCACGCGCUACCAGCGUUACCUGGCGCUGCUGGAAACUCUGAGCCGUGACCUGGGCCCCACGCUGUUGGUGCAUGGCCUCACGCCAGUCACCUGCACUGACCUCUGAAGCCUCCGGAGGCGUGGACGCUGCAGGAGUGGGGAUCAGGGAUGGGUAGCCCUACCUUGGGACCCUGGAAAUUCCCAGGGGGUCCUGAGCUCCAGUGUCUCCCGUGUCCUUUGGGAGGGGACCCAGGCUGAGCACAGGGGCUGGCCGGGGGUGGGGGACCAUAGACCCCCACACCCUCUUGCCUGCCGGCCUCUCCCACCUUGGUGCCUUGACCGCAGGGGCCGGCUCCGCUGCGGACCCCAGGCUACCUCAGCUGGCCGCCGCGAGUGGGUGCGUGGGUGGGUGGGUGGGUGAAUGGAGGGCCAUGUUUUCCUUGCGGUGUCAUUUUUCUAACUCUGCGGACCAUAAAUAAAAGACUGAAACACUA